AAACUAUCAUAACUUUGCCUAUGAUAUUAAACGAUUCGAUGAGCAAUGUCAACAGAAAUAUGGAGAUAUCAGUGAAAUAAUGCUCGAUCGUACGGAAGAACUUGGAAUGUACGGACAUGGGAUCAUCUUCAAUGAAGAGCUCCGGAAAUCCGCAAAUCAAUUAUUUAAAGAGCUAAGCGGAUAUUGGCAGCCGCUUGGAAGUCAAAAUACUUCAAAGAAGAAUAAUAAUAAUUGGAUAUUGGAGACAGAUUUUUCACAUA